AUGGCAUAUCUUCUACUUUAUACUAAUGAUAUUAUAUUAACUGCCUCCAACACUGCUCUUCUCACUCGCAUCAUUGGUACAUUGUCUCGUAAAUUUGUUACGAUUGACCUUGGUUCUCUUCACCACUUUCUUGGUAUCACUGCUUCUCAUAGUUCUACAGGUCUAUUUCUGAGUCAGGAACAGUAUGCCAAAGACAUCUUAGCUCGAACCUCUAUGGCUGGUUGCAAUUCUGUAACUACUCCUGUUGAUACCACCUCGAAGCUCAGUGCCACUGAUGGUUCUCCUGUCAAGGACCCCACUUUGUACCGCAGCCUUGCCGGUGCUCUUCAGUAUCUCUCCUUCCCCCGCCCGGAUAUCGCCUAUGCUGUCCAGCAGAUCUGCCUCUUCGUGCAUGCCCCUCGUGAGCCUCACUUUCACUUUCUCAAACGGGUGCUUCGCUACCUCAAAGGUAUUCUUCAUCAUGGUCUCAGUCUCUCAGUUUCUACAUCUCACUCAUUGACUGCUUACUCUGAUGCUGAUUGGGCUGGGUGCCUUGAUUUUCGACGCUCUACUUCGGGAUACCGUGUAUUUCUUGGUGACAACCUUGUCUCCUGGCAAGAGACAGGCCACUGUUUCUCUGUCUAG